AUCGUGACGUGUAACAUGUGCGCGAAGAUGAGUGUUCUGCAAGGUCGUCACAUAGGAAUUAUGACCCUUACGAGCAGCCCGUGUGAGCUAGACAACAUGAGCUUGUUUCAAGACCUCAAGUUGAAAAGGAGGAAGGUCGACUCCCGAUGUAGUAGCGACGACUCCCCGGUAUCCCUUGGAUCAGCAGGCUCGCCGCUCGGGAUCCAGCCGGCGGACGCUCCUUCACCCAUAAACUUUCCUGCUCCAGGGGAGAGCAUGGCCGACACCUCGACCCUGUCGCCGGAGGCUAACAUGCCGGGCUCGCCGGGCUGCCCCGUGGUCAAAGUGAAGAGCGAGUACCUGCUUGGCAUACCGAGCCCGGGUACGCCGCGCGAUCCUCUCCGCGGGACGGCGAGCGUCGGCUUGGAACAUCCCCGGGACACACCCUGCUCGGACCGCGCCUCGCCCGACUCCGUCUUCCCGGACGCCAGUUCCAUAGUCGGCUACGCCAGGGUGGUCGAGGAACAGCAACAGCAACACCACCAACAUCAUCAACAACAACAACAACAAAUGAUCUGCGAGGACAAAGCCACCGGACUCCAUUACGGGAUCAUCACGUGCGAGGGGUGUAAAGGUUUCUUCAAAAGAACUGUACAAAAUAGGCGAGUGUACACAUGCGUGGCGGAAGGUGGUUGCGAAAUCACAAAGGCCCAGAGGAACAGGUGUCAGUACUGUCGUUUCAAAAAGUGCAUUGAACAGGGUAUGGUCCUUCAGGCGGUUCGAGAAGAUCGGAUGCCCGGGGGAAGAAAUUCUGGUGCUGUGUAUAACCUUUACAAGGUGAAGUACAAAAAGCACAAGAAAAGUAACAAAACGAGCGGAGUGGGCGGAGGCAUGGGUGGCAUAAGUAGCGGGGGUAACGUUGGCGGUGUUAACGGGUCGGGGUCCCUUGGCGGUAGCAAAAGCGCCAUGGGCUCGACGAUGCUCGACAAGCACAUGGCCGUGGCCGCGGUCGCUCACCAUAGCCAACAGCAGCACGUCCAGCUGGCUGGCGGUUUCCUUCAUCAUCACAAGAUCUCGUCCGCCGACCCCCUCAACUCCCAAUCCACCACCAGUCACUCGAGCCACCCCGCGCAUUCCGGCCACCUGGUCAACGGGACGAUCCUCAAGACGGCGCUCACCAACCCCUCCGAAGUGGUACACUUGAGGCAGAGGCUAGACAACACGGUAAGCAGUUCGAGGGAUCGAUCUUUCCCUUUCGACGCGACUGUCGCCAUGAUCCAGUCCCUCAUAGACUGCGACGAGUUCCAAGAUAUUGCCACGUUGAGGAACUUGGACGAGCUGCUGGACCAUAAAUCAAACUUAAGCGACAAGCUGUGUCAGAUAGGGGACAGUAUAGUGUACAAGUUGGUGCAGUGGACCAAAAGGUUACCGUUUUACCUUGAGCUACCGGUCGAAGUUCACACGACAUUGCUCACCCACAAGUGGCACGAGAUCCUCGUGCUGACCACCUCCGCCUACCAGGCGAUACACGGUCAGCACAAGUUCUCCAACGUCGGCAGCGACGCGAUGGGAGCGGAUUUUAUGCAAGAAGUUUCGAACAACAUGUAUACGUUGCAAACGUGCCUAACGAACAUGAUGGGCCGGCCGAUAACCAUGGACCAAUUGCAGCAAGACGUAGGCCUGAUGGUGGAAAAGAUUACGUAUGUCACGUUAAUGUUCAGGAGGGUGAGAUUACGGAUGGAGGAGUACGUCUGUCUGAAAGUAAUCACCAUGCUCUCGCAAGCACGUGGAGGUACGAUGGAAUUAGAACAUCUACAAGAACGGUACAUGAGCUGUCUGCGAAGUUUUGUCGAGCACAGCGCCCCACAACAGCCGAAUCGGUUUCACGAUCUUCUCGUCAGGUUGCCCGAAGUACAAUCGGCGGCAGCUCUUCUACUCGAGAGUAAAAUGUUCUACGUUCCUUUCCUAUUGAACUCAACAAUUCAAAGAUAGUAAAUAAAAAACAAACUGACGAUAAACGAA